GUCGACACAACUUUUGGGUGUUGUUGGUGUUAUUCCUUCGGAGAAGACGAUGAUGCUGUGCUAGAGACAAAAAAAAAAAAAAAAAACACAGUUCAAAUUAAGGUUCUUGUGCAUUUCCCUUGAUUUUUGUUCUUGUUGUUGUUGGGAUUGCAAUGAAGGGUGGAGGGAAGAGGAACACCACAUCGGAAUCCUCGAACGAUGUUGGUGCUGUUGCUUCAGAUGUUGCUGUCGUUUUUUGUGCUGAUGCUGUCGAUGGUAGUGAAAACCAUGGAGAUGGUGAUGACCUCAGCCAAGUUUCUCCUUUUGCUGAAAACGAGGAUGCCCAGUUGCAGAAAGAGGAAACGGAGGAACCCCGUGUGGAAGAUUCGGAAGAAGAACAAAGAGAAGAAGAAGAAGAUGAAGAUGAAGAAGAAGGAGAAGAAGGGGAAGAAGAAGGAGAGGAAGAUGGGGUUGCUGCAGUGGCUGAAAAGGGACAGGGUCCUGUUUUUGGUGAGAUUUACUAUGAAGUUGAAGCAAUUCGUCGUAAGAGGAUCCGCAAGGGUAAGGUGCAGUACUUCAUCAAAUGGCGUGGAUGGCCUGAAGCAGCCAACACUUGGGAGCCUCCAGAAAAUCUAGAUGGUGUUCCUGAUGUUGUUGAAGCUUUUGAGGAGAGCUUGAGAUCAGGAAAGCAUCGUAAGCGCAGACGCAAGCAUGUUGUUCAUCGCACUCAACUCAAAAAGAGGCUGGAGCGUUCGGCCACUCCUUACAGCCUUAGACGUCUUGCACCUAGUUCAGCUGAAAACCAUACACAGUCUGCUCCUCUCAUUGAUCUUAGUCUCACUGAUAUUCCUGCCUUUCCUCAGACUGUGAUCUUUGCUGAUGAAGUAGAAAAUAAUGGUGAUUCCAGCAGUCUUGGAAAAGCCAAACUUGGUAAUGAUAAUGGGUCUGAAAAUGCUUCAGAACAAACUGUUGAAAGGAAUGAGGAAAAUGAUUAUGAUCCUAAGCUUAGUGAACUUAAAGCUACAACAACCAAUGGGUAUGAUGCAGACAAGCUAGCAAUACAGUUUCAAGAAGCUAAGAUUUCAACAAGCAAUGGUCACGUGGAUGGUCAAUUGAGGGAGGUUUGCGUGGAACCAGUUCAAAGUGGCCGCUGCAGAGGAGCCAAAAGGAGAAAAUCUGGUUCUGUGAAGAGAUUCAAGAAAGAUUCAUAUGCUGAUGAGCCUGUUAAUACUCAAAGACCAAUUGGCAUGUCUGUUGGUAUGGCUGUGCCCGCACGAACAAGGAAUGUUGAUAAUGCAAGUAAUAAUCGUGCUAGAUCUGCCUGCAAUAUUGUCAAGAUUAUAAAGCCAGUAGGCUAUGCAGCUGCAGUAGCUAACACCAAGCAGGAUGUUUUAGUGACCUUCAUAGCUAUGAGGUCUGAUGGAACAGAAGUGAUGGUUGAUAACAAAUAUCUCAAGACAUGCAAUCCGCUUUUGCUGAUCAAUUUCUAUGAGCAGAAUCUCCGCUACAGUCCUACUCCUACAUCAUGACUGAACAGAGCAUAGAAGGAGCUUCUUCCUGUGUAGUUAGAUUUUCUUGUGUUGGUAGUUAUGUUGUACAAUGAGGUGCUUUUGUAGAUGCAGAAGAUAGUGAGGGGAAGAAAUGCAGUGUUUGUUAGAGAGAUAUAGAUAUGACUAUUUAACCAGUAGUUGCUAUAGCUACAUAUUGUGAUGCAUGUUGUUGAGCACUAUGUUUAAUGGGAUGUCAAAGAACUAGAUAUUUUCAAUGCCUCAACACAUGAGGAUAGGGAUUGUUUCUUAAGAGUUGGUCAAGACCAAAACUCUAUUUUGGACUAGUGUCAUUCUUAUUUAUUUG